AUGGCCUCCAUGCUGCUGAAGUCAGUUCGUAACUCCUCUGUCAGUCCCUCAUGGGCUCUGCAGUUCGCCACACGAUCCCUUAGCACGACGACUCAGCUGCAGGCUCAAGCUCAGACAAAAAGCAAGAAGACACUGGCUCGUCCUGGUGUGAAGAACAUAGUACUGGUCGAAGGAGUACGAACCCCGUUCUUAAUGUCGGGGACUACCUAUGCUGACCUGAUGCCUCACGAUUUAGCCAGAGCAGCUUUACAAGGUCUUCUACACAAAACAGGCCUACCCAAAGAUGCUGUGGACUAUAUCAUCUAUGGAACAGUCAUUCAGGAAGUAAAGACAAGCAAUGUAGCAAGAGAGGCGGCACUGGGUGCAGGCUUCUCUGAUAAGAUCCCUGCUCACACAGUCACCAUGGCAUGCAUCUCCUCCAACCAGGCCAUGACCUCAGCUGUUGGCCUAAUUGCUGCGGGCCAAUGUGACGCCGUGGUGGCAGGCGGGGUCGAGUUCAUGUCUGACGUUCCUAUUCGUCACAGCCGCAAGAUGAGGAAGACGAUGCUUUCGCUCAACAAGGCAAAGACCCUUGGCCAGAGGCUCAGUUUGAUUGGCAGCAUUCGGUUGGCACACCUGUCACCAGAACUUCCGGCUGUAGCUGAAUUCUCAACAGCUGAAACAAUGGGCCACAGUGCUGACCGCCUGGCUGCAGCAUUUGGAGUAUCCAGAGCAGAGCAGGAUGAGUUUGCACUACGAUCGCACACUUUUGCCCAAAAGGCUCAGGAUGCAGGAUUGCUGAAGGAUGUCAUCUCCUUUAAAGUGCCAGGUCGAGAUAUUGUUUCCAAGGACAAUGGCAUCCGUCCAUCCUCCAAGGAACAGAUGGCCAAACUGAAGCCAGCCUUUGUGAAACCUCACGGCACCGUCACUGCCGCUAACUCUUCCUUUUUGACUGAUGGUGCCUCUGCUGUGCUCAUUAUGUCUGAAGAGAAAGCUCUGGCAAUGGGCUACAAGCCUAAAGCGUAUCUGAGAGACUUUGUUUACGUGUCUCAGGAUCCUAAAGAUCAACUUCUUCUUGGACCAACAUAUGCUACACCUAAAGCCUUAGAACGCUCCGGUCUGACAAUGAAUGACAUUGAUGUGUUUGAGUUCCAUGAGGCAUUCGCAGGUCAGAUUAUGGCAAAUCUGAAGGCUAUGGACUCUGAUUGGUUUGCCCAGACUUAUAUGGGCAGAAAAUCUAAGGUGGGCACUCCUUCCAUGGAGAAGUUCAAUAUCUGGGGAGGAUCUCUGUCCUUGGGUCAUCCAUUUGGUGCUACAGGUUGCAGACUGGUCACCACAGUUGCACACAGAUUGCAGAAAGAAGGAGGACAAUAUGGACUCGUGGCCGCAUGUGCUGCUGGAGGACAGGGUCAUGCCAUGGUGAUUGAAGCCUACCCCCAGUAA